UCUUUCCUUCAGCUGGACUGUGGAUCUUCAAUCUUCUACUUUUAAUCUUAUUUAUUUGUAACUUACUUUGUUUUAGUUUUUUUAUAUUAUCCUUAUUUUCUGUUUUAUCUAACACCCUAAGCUUUGCAAUGUCGUCAACUCGCUCUCCACUGAAAGCCAAGAAUGAAAACUUGGUUUCUGCAAAAUUGACUAACAUGUCCUUGGUGGACAAAGAAAACACGCCACCCAGUCUGAGCUCCACCAGAAUCCUGGCCUCCAAAACGGCGCGCAAAAUCUUUGUCGAUUCAGAGGAUCAGACAAAAGCUAGCAAAGGAGCUGUGGAGGAGGAGCCCCUUCUGAAGGACAACCCCCAUCGCUUUGUCAUUUUUCCAAUUCAGUACCAUGACAUCUGGCAGAUGUACAAGAAGGCAGAGGCCUCCUUCUGGACUGCAGAGGAGGUUGACCUGUCCAAAGAUCUUCAGCACUGGGAUUCCUUGAAAGACGAGGAGAGAUAUUUCAUCUCUCAUGUCUUGGCUUUCUUUGCUGCAAGUGAUGGCAUUGUCAAUGAGAACUUGGUGGAGCGAUUUACUCAGGAGGUCCAAGUGACUGAAGCCCGUUGCUUCUACGGUUUCCAGAUUGCCAUGGAAAACAUACACUCUGAAAUGUACAGUCUGUUGAUUGACACCUACAUCAAAGAUCCCAAAGAGAGAGAUUUUCUUUUCAAUGCCAUUGAGACAAUGCCUUGUGUUAAGAAGAAGGCUGACUGGGCGCUCAACUGGAUUGGUGACAAAAAUGCACAAUAUGGGGAGAGAGUGGUGGCUUUUGCUGCUGUGGAAGGAAUCUUCUUUUCUGGGUCUUUUGCUUCUAUUUUCUGGCUAAAGAAGAGAGGACUCAUGCCUGGACUCACCUUCUCCAAUGAACUUAUCAGCAGAGAUGAGGGUCUUCAUUGUGACUUUGCCUGCCUCAUGUUCAAGCACUUGGUCAACAAACCUUCAGAAGAAACUGUAAAGAAAAUCAUUGUGAAUGCAGUUGCAAUUGAACAGGAAUUCCUGACUGAUGCUCUGCCAGUAAAGCUUAUUGGUAUGAAUUGUGACCUGAUGAAGCAAUACAUUGAAUUUGUGGCUGACAGACUUCUGCUUGAGCUGGGAUUUGACAAGGUUUAUAAAGUGGAAAAUCCUUUUGACUUCAUGGAGAACAUUUCCUUGGAGGGCAAGACCAACUUCUUUGAGAAGAGAGUUGGCGAGUACCAGCGGAUGGGAGUCAUGUCUGGAUCCACAGAUAACACUUUCAGACUGGAUGCUGAUUUUUAGGGACCCAAUCAGCGUGCCUUAAUGGACACUUAAACUCUUUGGACUCAGGAGUUUUAACCUCACUAAUUUCUAGAUUGUUUACAUGAGUUUUUUUUAUUUUUUUAAUAUAAAUACUUUUGCUCCUUUUUAAAGAGCCGAUACUGAAGUGCUUUAUUUUUGUUUUAAAUGAUGAUAAUAAAAAGAACCAAUCUACUUGCUGCUCUUCUUUUGCUUUUGGGCAUGGUGAAGACCAGGAAUAGUUAUA